UUCGCCUUUAGACAAAAAACAAGCACAAAAUUUUAAAAAUUAUUUAUACUAAUAAACUUGCGCGAUUGAGUAAAUUUUGUAAUUAUUCAAGUAAUAUAUAAAAGUAUUCGUAACUAAAUUUAAAUAACUUGUAUGGCAUGAUCAAAGGCGCGAUUAUGUUGACAUUCAAUAUGGCGGUAUGUCGUCAGUGCUGUGCUGUGUCGUGUAGGUAGUUGUGGAUAACCAAACCAUCAUAACAUAGAAACAAGCCAAUGCACAGCCGAGCUCCGAUUCAGCAAGCAUUGAAGACAUCUGAGGAUCUAGUGUAGUUUUUAUCAAUACCAUUUUUGCAAACUUAGUGUUUUGUUUAUUAAAUUUGUUACAUCAGUGUAAAGACUUAUUGUGUUGCUAAGACACGAAGAGAAACAUGUGAUUUGGUUUAUAAAUUUGUAACUUUUUUAAAAACUUUAAAACACCACUCCUUUUUCUGUGAUAUAUUGGUACACCAUUCUGAGAUUUUUGACUUAUAUACAAUAUUGAUACUGUCAAAAAAAUGUCAAGCAAUCCUCAGUGGAAAAUGUUCCAGCCGCCAGAUUCACACAACUCCCCUUUACAGGAUAUUUUAGAUCUCCAACAAUCAAAUAUGCAGGCCAAACAGGUUUAUCGUAAUGGUACUUACAGCGGUGAGUACCCAAGUUCCCCUCGAGAUAAUUUUAAUAAUAUGGGCAAGUCAAGUGGUGGAAAUAGAUUUUCUGUUGGCAAUUAUAAUUUGGAUGGAUGUCCCAUGGGAGAUUCUGUGGGAGUGUAUUCUUCCAGUUCAACCAAUAACCAAUCUCAGUAUGAUUCCACGAAUCACCCACCUAUAAGAGAAACAGGGAUUAUUGAAAAAUUGCUUCAUUCCUAUGGCUUUAUACAAUGCUGCGAGAGGCAAGCUCGUCUAUUCUUCCACUUUAGCCAGUUUGGUGGUAAUAUAGACCAUCUGAAAAUAGGUGACCCAGUAGAAUUCGAGAUGACUUACGACCGUCGUACUGGCAAACCAAUUGCGUCUACAGUAACUAAAAUAGCCCCCGAGGUGGUACUGAGUGAGGCUCGAGUUACCGGAGUAGUGACUACGGAGGUGAAGGGAGAGGGUUCAGGGGAUAAUACCGGACGCAUAUCGUAUGAGAACCGCGGCGAAUGCUUUUUCUUGCCGUAUACUAAAGAUGACGUCGAAGGAAACGUAACCCUUCGUACAGGAGACGCUGUCAGCUUCCAAAUCGCAACCAACCAAAGAGGCACUCUUGGAGCGUGUCACGUGCGUUUCGAGAACCCCGCGCAUCCCGUCAAGUAUCAUGGCGUAGUGUGUUCUAAGAAGGAAAAUUUUGGUUUCAUCGAGCGGGCUGAUGUCGUUAAGGAGAUAUUCUUCCAUUACUCUGAAGCCAAGGUCAAAGAGGAGCUGUCUCUAGGAGAUGACGUGGAGUUUAUAAUACAGACUAGGAAUGGUAAGGAGGUUGCGUGCAACAUCAGUAAGCUGCCGAGUGGGUCGGUUGUGUUCGAAGACGUUAGCCCGGAGCAGCUUCGGGGGCAGGUGCUGAAGCCGCUGGAGCGUGGGGCGCGACUCCAGAGCGACCCUCUACCAGGCAGGAUCAGAUACAGGGCACCGGACCAUUCUGAAGUUGAGGUGCCUUUCGGCGACAAAGACCAGUGCGGGGAGUUCACCUUGCGGCACGGGGAUUGGGUCCAGUUCCAAGUGGCAACGGACAGACGGGAUCAACUGAAACGGGCAACCAAUAUAUCGCUGCUGGAUGAGUCAUUCAACGUAUCAGGCGAAAGACGUGAACAGGGCAUUGUUUGUUCCUUGAGAGAUGGCUUCGGUUUCAUCCGAUGCGUAGAGCGUGAGCAGACCAUGUUCUUCCACUUCGCCGAGGUGUUGCGUCUUGGCCAGGAGUUAAGUGUUGGCGACGAGGUUGAGUUCACCGUGGAUCCUUUGUCAUCCUUCUCCAACAUGAACAGCCGCCAGUCUGCCAUCCGUAUCCAGCACUUGUCUGCUGGUUCCGUACAGUUCGAGUCCCUUGUGGAGCGAGGCGUCCGCGGGGUCGUCACCAAGGAAGCGCAUUAUUCCAACGAGAGUCCCAACAGAAACUCACCGAAUGAGUCCGGUAUCAUAACGUGUCAAAUAAACAACUUGAAGAAAUCUAUACCAUACACGGUCAAGAAAUGUGAAUCAAAGAUGCUGCCUCGCGUGGGCGACAAAGUGACCUUCGAUCUGUAUCAGGUGAAGAGGACUAAGGAGCUGGUUGCUAUGAGUGUGACGAUGCAGCACAGCAUGACGAACGGCCGGAUUGGAGGGGCGGGGGCUGGAGGGGGAUCGGGGGCGGCCACCCAGCAGGGCUUCGUGGCCGCACUCAAGGAUGGCUUCGGUUUCAUUGAGACAGCCGAUCACACCAGGGAGGUGUUCUUUCAUUUCAGUAAUCUGGAAGGCAGCCCGGAUGUAUUGGAGUUGGGUUCAGAGGUGGAGUACACUGUGGGUCGUCAGAGCAGCGCUAGCGGUGGUUGUGCCAGCGCCGAACAUGUGCGACCACUGCCUCGUGGAACUGUGCCCAUUGCACGACCCCUGGAACCUCCUCUCACCGGCACGGUGACACGUACGCUGAGGGCCCUCAACCCCGACCAGGCCAAGUACUCUGGCUUAAUCCAAGUGGAGGGUGGGAUGACCUACGAAUUUGGCAUCAUGGGACUAGCGAGCAAGCGAGAGAUUCUGCAAGUUGGCGAUCCGGUCACAUUUCAGUCGGACAUGGAAGGUCGCGCUACCAACAUAGUGCCCAUUAGAAAGAAGAGACGGGCCACCGUAGACGCUAUAAAAGGCGGCUUCGGUUUCCUGUCUCUCGAGGCUGAGGAAGGUCGUCGUCUCUUCUUCCACAUGAGUGAGGUCCGCGGGAACCCUUCAGAUCUGGCGCCCGGAGACGCCGUCGAGUUUGUAAUGCUAACCAACCCCAGGAACGGGAAGUGCUCAGCCUGCAAUGUCGUCAAAGUCGGGAGCAACAGCAGCAAUAGCAAGAUAUCAAAGCGCGAUCGCGAGAGGGAGCGUGAGAGAGAGCGUCCAGAGAGGCCGGAGCGUCUGCUGGCCAGGCUGAGGACGGUGUCACUCGAGGAGCCCGGGCCGCGCGUGCUGGUGCUGCGACCUCCGCGGGGACCGGACGGCAGCCGCGGCUUCCGGCCGAGGAGACCGCUCGCCGACCAGCUGGCCGACUGAGAGCAGGAGACGCGGACGACCCGACACCCCGCCACCGAUACCAGCCGCACCACCACCCGCCGCAGAGUCUACAGGUUCGGUAAGCAGCCCCCGCCGCCGCCGCCGCCGGGCCGUCCGUGACACCGUGACACCGUGACGCGACACCGACACGGUCUCGACAUCACAUUCGUAUAGUUUACUCAAUCACGUAUUCACCAGAGACUGACUACCACAUUUCUUUAGCAGCGUAUGUAUGAAUAAUUUUAGGUGACAAAAAAUUUUUUGUUGUUGACAUCGGUUUAGUUGUAUGAACGAUGGACAUAUCAAUUGAUGAUUCGUUUUGCUUGAUGUGUGUUUUUUUUAUGAGGUUCUUUUUCGCAUAGAUACGUUGUUCAAAAUUCCAUUACUAAUUGUCUAUCCGAGUCGACACGAAGACGGCCAGUUAUAUAGGUAUUAUUUAUGCUUCUGUUAAUAUGAACCGUGUGCGUGCUCAGGAUACAUAGUGCCUUUUCUGUCAAGAAAUAAUAAAUAUGUAAGAAAUGUCUAAAACUAAAGUGUCUGGUGCCUUAUUGUGUUAUGAAUGAACCGUCAGCUGAUAGACAUUGUAUGGGAGUAUGAAACUCUGUAUAUAAUAAACACUUUGUUAAAAGUAAUAAAAAAAAAAGUUUGUUUGGUGACGACUAUACUUAUACUGUGCCUCGAUGUUACAAUAAAACAUAUAGAAAAUGUAUUAAAAAUGAAAUAAAUAUAUUGUCGAACAACAAAAAUAUAUAUAGGAGGGAAAUUGAAAAGAUUCGUGCAGUAACUGUAUUAUUUUUUCAGUUCUUCCACUAUAACAUUGUGGCAACGUAAGUGUUUUCGUUGAGUUACGUAUUGUAAAUUUAGUAUAUAUGUAUAUAUAUAUGGUUUUGUGAAAUCUUAUACGUUUGUUUUAUACUUUUUUUUUUGCAAAAUAAUGUACUUUUGAAUUUAUUAUAGAACAAAUAGAAAUAAAAAAAAGUAUACUUAUAAUUAAUUUUUGUAUACAAAUGUCGACCAGUGUAUUAUAAUGUGUUCUAUUCUGUUAUAUAAUGCAUCGAUUUUUUAAAAAGAGAUCUGUUUGUUUUUACAUAAAAUAUAAUUUCAGAAAUGAUUCAAGAAUUAUCGUAUUGGAGAGGUGUCCGUUUUGUCUUACAAAUUAUAAUAAUUAUGUAAAAUGUUCUAUUUACGAAGAUUUUUAUAUUUUUAAAAAGUAUCCAUUUCAUUUUUUAUUUUGUACAAAGUCAACAUCAGAAAUAAAUUGAAGUGGAUUUAUAAAUAAAGGAGGCUUCUCCAGUACAGAAAAUUGUAUAUGAAUCCUGUGAUCCUGUGAUUUGGUAAUCGUAUGUGCAAUAAUGUAACUACAAGUUAUCACAUAGAGGCCUCGUCAAGUGUCCGACUCGGUUGACGUAAACGAACAAAAUGUUAUAUUAAGCUUAUUAAAAAUAAUCGGAAUAGAGCAUUCAUGCUAUGUACUGGAAUGGAGCCAAAGACUGAGAAAAAAAAAUAUUUAUUGCAAUAAUAAUAUUGGUAUUAGAUUAUUUUAAUUAGCGAUAUGUUGUGAAGUCAUGCGGUCGGGUCGCGCAGAUAACGACUUCGACACCAACAAUAUCUGAUCUGUACAAAAUCGGUGCAAAUAUAAAUUAUUGUAACAAGAUAGAUGUCUUGAAUUAGAAUUUUAUCUAAAUUUGAUUUUACUUUUAGUAUUCAGACUGAAUGUGGAGCAAUACGACAUGUGUUCAUAUCCGGUCGGUGGACUGAGGGGCCUCGUUCGUUCGGAGAUUGUGGUCCGUUGUUAUCAUUAAAGUUUUUUGGUGAUAUUAAAACGAAUUUUUCGUAUUACUACGUUUGUUAAUGCUGUAGUUAUAAGUGUAUGAGAGUGUCGGCGGACGACGACUAGUCGGACUGUUUAUAAUCAUAUUAUUUAUAGAUAGAUUAUAAAAUUUAAUAAUGUAUUUUCAAAUCGUAUUCGCGUCUCAUAGGUACGCGUAUGUAGUUAUUAUAUUACGUAAAGCGAGUUAAUGUCUUGCUUUUCGAUCAUCGGUCACAUAUUUCAGCGACUUCACCGAAACGACAAUCUCAAACGGUUUCCGUGACGACACGCUCCGAUACGGACGAGCUGAGACUCGAUGUAAUUUAUGAUUAAUUCCAAAGAUGGGAAUUUUGAACAAACGUUAUUAUGCUGUACGCUUACAAUAUUCGUUAGCCUGUAAACGCCCGUGUAACCAUGUGUAGUGAUAGUGGCAAUGCGAUAUAUUAAUCUGGAUUGGUGUUGUAGUGUUGCCCCGGACGAAACGGGGAUAGUUUUAUGUAAAGGUCUCAUCUGUAAGGCGACUGUCUCGUUAACCGAACGUCUUGAACGUGUUCACGUGCUCUCCUAACGUACGAUCGGUGAAGCGAGCGUCGCAUAUAAUAAAUGCAGUGCCUAAAAGAACCUCGAGAGGGAUACCAAAUGUUAACCUUUCAGAAUUACAAAACUUUGGAAUUAUCAUAA